AUGGCCGAGGGACCGAGCCACGUCGACAGCGCCGCUUCCGCCGCCUCGCUCCGGCUGCGCGCCCUGCUGCGCCACGUCCUGCCCGGCUGGGGGCCGGGGGCCGGGCGCCCCGUAUCCUUUGGACAGGGCAGGAGAAGCUCCUCCUUGGGGACGAGGGAGGACCAGGAGGGGAGGCCCGGCCCGGCCCGGCCUGGCUCCUCGUCCUGCUCCGGGAGCCGGGGGAUCCAAUGGUGGCGUGGGAAGGGGCCCCCGAGGGCCAUCGAGUCCGGCCCCCUGCGAGGCAGGGCGGGAAGCCGCGACCCUCGGAGCCAGAGACUCGGCCUCGCCCUCCUCUUUCUCGGACAAGCUCUCGAACUCCCUCGGACCCUCCUGCGGGGCCCGAGAGGCAUCGAGUCCAGCCCUGCGAGGCCGCCUCAGGCACAGGCAUCUCUCUCUCUCGCCUUCGCCUUUCUGUGCUCCGUCCCUCCCAGGCAGCUUAACCUGCAUCUUCCUUCUGCAUCAUUAAGUUGGAACAGACUUGUAAGAAAGUCUGCAGAGAAACAGAGCCUUUGAAACUCGGGCUGGACCCAGUCUCUGGAAGAGGCCUUGAGCAUGUUGGACCUGCAUAGCAAAUUGGUAAUGGGAAAAAGCUUCACCUGUCGAAUUGCUGCUUUCCUGAGGCUUGUUAGAAGUGCAUAAACCUAUGGGGAGAGGGCAGAGAGGACCUUGGUAACUGCCUCUCCCAGGCAUGGGACCUAAUUCUAAUUCCCAGACCAGGUCCCUUCUCAGGCUUCACCACUUCUUGGGUUUUGUUUGUAUACUGACUAGAGAGCUAUGUAAUUCUUAUAUAACUUGAUGGGCCACUUGAAUGGCUGUGUGUCUAUUAUGCUGGCCUCUUUAGUUUAAAUGCAAAGCAGCCCUUUUAAUUAUAAAUCAAAUUAUCUUGUAUCUAGUCAAGAUUGCAUAUGUCUGAGCAAGGGUUGUACAGACUUUGGCCCCAGUGAAGCUGAAACUAAACGUUUGAAGCAUUGCAGGGGGUUGGACUAGAUGACCCUCAGGAUUCCUUCCAACUGUACAAUUCUGUGUUUAUAUAAUUCUGUCAGUGGGUGGCAAAUAACUGCAAGUGUGUUUAAGCAAAAUUAUGCACAGCACAAAGAAUUCUGCAGGGAUAGGAAAAUACCUGCAGUGGCCUUUGCGCCCCCCCCCCCCCCAAUAUCCUGAUGAUUUGGACAUGUAUCAAUCCAAUUUCUGUUGUCUCUCCAUUGUUAUUCCCAUCUUUGCAGGGAUAUAUUUUGAUGGAAGAAACAUUUCUUUAUAUUGCAUAUUAGAUCUACAGCUCUGAUUGCUGCUAACCUUUUUAUUUAUUAUUAAUUUUGAACUAGCAAUCUUGCUUUUGACCUUUGUACUUGGUACUGUUACAUAAGGUAUAUGUGAUUAUCUAAUACUUUUUCUAAUACUUUUUCCUUGAUUCUCUUCCCCUCUCCCCCACUAUUUAUUACUAAUGUGUUUCAAGAUGAGGAACAAUAGAGAAGUCUGAGCAUUUUCAAGGUUUCCUGAAAUUUCCUCUCUGUUGAAUACAGAUUUAGCAACUCCCUUUAGGUCUGUCACUAAUUAUGUGUAUAGUAUUAUGCAUCCAGUGGUUAGACAUGCAAAAUGCCAUCCUAGAUAUUUUAUGCAUUGGGGAGAUAAGUUGGAGGUGGGUUUGCAAGCAAGAUAGGCAGUGGGGGAGUGCAGGUUGUAGUUAUCUCUCCUCCUGCUUCUCUUCUCCCCCUCCUACUGCCAGCUCAGCAUAUGUUAAUAAUAAUAAUAAUAAUAAUAAUAAUAAUAAUAAUAAUAAUAAAUUAUUUAUAUCCCGCCCUCCCCAGCCGAAGCUGGGCUCAGGGCGGCUAACAACAAUAAAAUAAUACAACAUUCUAAAAUAAUUUCAUUAUAAAAUCAUUUCAAAUCAGAUUAAUGGCAACCAUUGGGCUAGAGUUCUGUGAGAAUUGCCAAAGGAAGGAGUCAGGCUGUGCCCUGGCCAAAGGCCUGGUGGAACAGCUCUGUCUUGCAGGCCCUGCGAAAAGAUGUCAAGUCCUGCAGGGCCCUAGUCUCUUGUGACAGAGCGUUCCAUCAGAUCGGAGCCACAGCCGAAAAAGCCCUGGCUCUGGUUGAGGCCAGCCUAACCUCUCUGUGGCCUGGGACCUUCAAGAUAUUUUUGUUUGAAGACCGUAAGUUCCUCUGUGGGACAUACCAGGAGAGGUGGUCCCCUAGGUAUGAGGGUCCUAGGCCAUAUAGGACUUUAAAGGUUAAAACCAGCACCUUAAACCUGAUCCUGUACUCCACCGGGAGCCAGUGCAGCUGGUAUAGCACCGGGUGAAUGUGAUCUCGCAGCGAGGACCCUGUAAGGAGUCUCGCCGCGGCAUUCUGCACCCGCUGGAGUUUCUGGGUCAGUCUCAAGGGCAGCCCCACGUAGAGCGAGUUACAAUAAUCCAGUCUGGAGGUGACAGUCGCGUGGAUCACAGUGGCUAGGUCAGGGUGAGAGAGGUAAGGAGCCAACUGCUUAGCUUGGCGGAGAUGGAAAAAUGCCGCCUUUGUUAUAGCUGCAAUCUGCGCCUCCAUGGAAAGGAAGGUGUCAAAGAUUACACCCAAACUCUUAACGGACGGUGCUGGCACUAAUUGCGCUCCCGCAAGAGAUGGGAGUUGCCCCCCCAAUCCCAUAUCGUCCCGACCCAGCCAAAGGACCCCUGUCUUCGAAGGAUUUAACUUCAACCGGCUCCCACGUAACCAUCCAGCCACAGCUUCCAAACAUUUGAUCAGUGUGUCUGGGGCCGAGUCAGGAUGGCCUUCCAUCAACAGUUGGGUGUCAUCAGCAUACUGAUGGCAGCCCAACCCAAAACUCCGGACAAGCUGGGCGAGGGGGCGCAUAAAGAUGUUAAAAAGCAUCGGGGAGAGUAUUGCACCCUGAGGCACUCCACACACCAAGGAGUGGCCCAAUGACAAUCCCCCCCCCAAGCGCCACCCUCUGUCCCCGACCAGAGAGAAACGAGCGCAGCCAUUGAAGGACUGUGCCCUGGAUCCCCACGUCAGCAAGGUAGUCCAGGAGUUCGUGAUCAACCAUGUCGAAGGCUGCUGACAGGUCUAGAAGAAUCAGCAGCCCCGACCCGCCUCGAUCCAGCUGCCUGCGGAGAUCGUCUGUUAGGGCGACCAGGGCCAUCUCAGUCCCAUGAUCAGUGCGGAAGCCGGACUGGAAUGGAUCCAGAGCCGAUGUUUCAUCCAGAAACCCACCAACCGCUUUCUCAAUCACCUUACCCAGGAACGGAAGAUUCGAAACUGGGAGGUAAUUGGAUAGAUCUAAGGGAUCUAAUGAUGUUUUCUUUAAGAGCGGGCGCACCACUGCCUCCUUCAGUUCCCCUGGGAAUGUCCUGGUGCCAAGGGACAAAUUGAUGAUAUCCCCCAGGGGGGCCCGCACCUCGUCUGGACACGCUCUAAUCAGCCAAGACGGGCACGGGUCGAGAGGACAAGUGGUGGGCUUUCCAGCUCGGAGGAGUCUGUCCACAUCGGCUGGGGAUAUCCAGUCAAAGUGGUCCAAUACUGGACCCGAGGACAGUCGAGGGGCCUCCAUUUCCUUUAUUGUAUCCAAAUUGGCAGGGAGGUCAUGGCGGAGCAACAGGACCUUCUCCGCAAAAAAGCUCGCAAAUGCCUCACAGCUGUGUGUCAAAUUGUUAUUUAAAUUUGGCUGUCCUUCGAGGGACGUUAAAGACCUAAUUAUACUAAAUAAUUGCGCCGGGCUAGAGCUAGCGGAGGCAAUGGAGGCCAAGAAGCAGGACUUCUUAGCGGCCUUCACUGCCAUCUUGUAGGUUUUCAUAAAAACCCAAUAAGAUGUUCUUGAGGCUCCAUACUGCCAUACUCGCUCUAGCCGUCUGAGGUCCCGCUUCAUUUUCGGUAAACCAGGGAGCCCGGCUUCUGCAGGGUCGCAGAGGGUGCUUAGGUGCGAUCUCAUCGAUGGCUGCCAGGAGCUGGGUAUUCCAGCCCUCAACAAGCUCAGUCAAUGAGUCGCCAGGGGGAGCAAGGUCCCGCAAGCCUUGGCGGAAUCUAUCAGGGUCCAUCAGCCUCUGCGGGCGAGCCCAAAUCAGCUCGCCACCUAAGCAGGGUGGGGGUGGAAAGUCAAUCCUGGCUUUCAGAGCAUAGUGAUCAGACCAUGGCACCUUUGUCGAAGGAGACAUGAUCACAUCUAUACCUACGCCAAAGAUCAAAUCCAGCGUGUGGCCUGCUUGAUGUGUGGGGCCCGAAACAAACUGGGAGAGCCCUAGUGUCGCCAUGGAAGACACCAGGUCCAGAGCCUGUGAGGGGGGGAGUGGCAUCAGCAUGGAUGUUGAAGUCCCCCAAUACCAAUAGGUUAGGGAACUCCAAGGCCCAGCUGGCCACCGCCUCCAAUAGGCCUGACAGGGUGGCUGCUGGUGCGCUAGGUGGCCGGUACACCAGCCAGACAGCCAAGCUCACCUCAGAGCCCCACACUAGGCCAACACAUUCAAUGCCGGGGAUCGAUGGCGAUGGUAGAGCCCUGAAAGAACAAUCUUCCCGGAUUAAUCAUGCCCCCCUGGCCCACAGUCCGCGACUGGUGGAGGACGGAGAAGCCCGCGGGCGCCAUCUCUCGUAAGGUAACUGUUUCCCCUUCGCGCACCCAGGUCUCUGUUACACAAGCCAGGUCGACACCCUGUGAGGUAAAGAAAUCUCGUAGGGUGGCGGUUUUGUUGCCUAUAGACCUGGCAUUGCACAGCACCAGUGACGGAGGUGAGUAAUCCUUGCUCACCCUACCCUCGUCCCUCGGGAUGGGGUGCAGAUUGGAAGGGGUACGAGCAUAUCCGUAUCUCGAUCCCCUUCGCCUAUAACAUCUGCCCCCACCGCCAUACCUCCCUCGCCCCUCCACGGUAGCAGUCCCAAGCCUCAUGCUAGCCUCCAUUGAUGGCAAUUGAUGUUAUUCUUUCCCAGCCUAGUUAUUCUGCUUAUAGUAUCAGCAACUCGAUAACUCUAAUUAGUCGAGUAGAACAAACCAGCUACACAUCAGCUACCUCUCUGAUUGUAUGAAACUAUUAUAUUCUUUGUCAGCCUACUAUUAUAAUAUUAGGCAAACCAAUUAAUUAAAUUAAGAAAUUGAAAAAUAAACCCCAAAACAUUCCGUAGCGAAACAAAACUACCAUAUAACAUACAUUAAGGGGGAGGGAAACACCUAAAUAGCAUCAAACACCUAACAGUAAGCAAGCAAACACCUAACAGUAAGCAAGCAAAACUUAAAUAUUAUCAUGAAACAAUGAACUAUAAAAAACUAAAACAAAUGGCAAAGGAAGGGGGGAGGGGGGAAAGGAAAGAAAAAAGUUAUUGUAGCAGACGAAGUUCUUGUAGCAUCACGCACCAGCUCGAGUCUGCUCGAAUGAUCUCUGAAUGAUCUCUGAAUCUGCCAACCUGAACAACCAGGCGACAGCGGGGGGUGGGCAGAGGAAGGUGGGGCAGGCUCAGUAAAUGCCCUGUUCGAUGUCAAUGCCGUCCCCGAUGGUCUCAGGGGGCCCUCCUCUUGCUGUUGCGCUAACACUUGUAGUGGCAGAGGAAGUGUUCCUCUUGGCAUCAGGAGUCCUCUGGUUUCCCCCACUGCUGGUGUUCUCAGGGCCACAGAAUCAUACCUCUCCUCUGCUACAACCAGCUGCCAGCCCUGUGGCUUAAGAGUCUCUGGCGUCUUGAGGGUGGACCCCCCCCCCCCGGCUCCCUAGGUGCCUUUCAAUUGAGUCUAUCUUGACCCAGGCUCCAUGCCGAGUACUCGACCAGUCUGUCUCAGUCCAGGAGCACCGCUGGCAUGCAGGGCAGCCGGACCCACAAGUGGGAAGACAGAGCAGGCACACAGCGCAGUUGGACCCACAAGCCAGGAGGGCAGAGGCAAGCACAAACGGAACACUCCUGCAACACAGCUUCACCUCCCUUAGUUCAUUUAAAAUGCCGAGUCAAAGCCUGAGUCAGAGUCAGUUUGGGAAAAGUUCAGGAGAUUAAUUAAAUUGUUUAGAGUUACGAGUCCUUGAAAUAAGCUGGGCGGCGGCUGUUAAGCUGUUUGACUUCGUUAGAUCUAAUUUACAGCGCCAACUUCCCAAGUUCUCUGAUAUAAAACCCCAGGUUGCCAAACUUUUGAUAAGAAGAGGGUUAAAAGAUUAAAAAGUUAAAAUGUUGAAAAAGUUAAAAGGAGUAGGAGCCCCCAACAUCUAAUUGAGGAGCUCUAACAGGAGCGUCUUACCUCAACACCAUCUUGCAAGUACCAGGUAUCCACCUCUCAAAGUUGCAUUUACUGGAAAGUUUCUUUGCCCCUUCAGGUCAUCAGAACGCCACUGUGACUGUAUGAAUAUCUGUAUAUCUAUCAUCUAUCUCUCUGUUUUCUAUUUUUCUAUAUAUCAAAUAUCAGUCAAUACAGUGCAGCCCAAUACAAAGGAAAAAGGAGGAGAGGAGCUUUGGUCUGUUCUAAUGAAACAAUUACGUCAGUCAUUUCUGUCUUUGAAAAGUGUCAUGUUAAAGCUUCCAGUGAGAGAGAACCCAUGUUUUUUAGUUACUGCAUAAGAAAUAAAACUUGUCUAAAUAGCAUAAAGAUUUUUCUGCCUCUUGAAUUUUUCUACACAGUCAAAGGUUGACAACUUUAUUUGUCCAUGACUGCCAAGUCCCAAAGUUUAUGAUACCAGAGUUGCAUAAGGUCGGUGUCACAAGUUCUCCAGAAUCUAGCUGCUGUGAGCUUUUUUGCAAUAUUUAAUUAUGUGGUGACCCAAAUCAAAAAGAGAGAGGGAGAUAAUUUUUGGAUGACCUAUUUGGUUAUUCACUCAACUUUGCGAAAGACCUGUAACCAAACUUGUUUGACUAGGGCAGUACAACCAGAGGUGAAAAAAUGAGCCAAAGCUGCUACCAUACCUCCAGCAGUUUGUAGUGCGUAGUCGUUUUGUAAUUUUAUUCAAAGAGAAAGGAUACAUACACCAACGAUAUAUGAUUCUAUGAUAAAAGACCUUGGAUGCAGUUUCACUGAAACUAAUGUCUACUGAAUUAUCUUCACAAAUAAGGUAUCUCAGGCAUACCCUUAGUAUGUUUUUCUGCUCAAUGUUUAUGCACUGUGUUAUGACUUCAUGAUAUAUACAAACCAGGGACAGUUGCAUCAGCACCUGUCCUGGCCCUUUUCUUCUACUUUGGAAAAAAUACUAAAAAUUAUCAGAAUAUUGAUAGCGACAACAAUGGAUAUUUCCCUGUUAGAAGUUUCUAUUGAUGAUAAUUCCAGACUGAAUUCUCUGUGAAAGAAAUGAACCAUGAUUGUCUUUUCAUAAGGUAAAGGGACCCCUGACCGUUAGGUCCGGUUGUGACUGACUCUGGGGUUGCAGUGCUCAUCUCGCUUUAUUGGCCGAGGGAGCCGGCGUACAGCUUCCGGGUCAUGUGGCCAGUAUGGCAAACCAGAGCAGCACACGGAAACGCUGUUUACCUUCCCGCUGGAAGGUACUUACACUUUGAUGUGCUUUCGAAGUGCUAGGUGGGCAGGAGCAGGGACCGAGCAACGGGAGCUCACCCCGUCGCGGGGAUUUGAACCGCCAGCCUUCUGAUCGGCAAGUCCUAGGCUCUGUGGUUUAACCCACAGCGCCACCCGCGUUCCUUUGUCUUUUCAUACUGGGCACCAAUUAUGGAAAAAAAUAGAUUGAAAGAGUAGCAUGUAUGCCUUGGUCUUUUGACUCAUAUUUUUGUAAUUUUUGUGGAUUGGAAUGUGCGGCACAAAGCUUUUAAUGUUGUUGCAAAAAUACUUUAAAAAACUGAAUAGAGUUAAUAUCACAAAUGGGUUUAUCAGUAAGCUAUGGUUGUCCACAGUUACCAAAAUAUACAUACUAGCAAAACUGCCUGUGCGUAAUGUGUGAAAUGCCCUAUUGGAUAAAUGAGCUUACUUGUAUUAAUUUAAAACACUUUACAGUGGUACCUCAGGUUACAUAUGCUUCAGGUUACAGACUCCGCUAACCCAGAAAUAGUGCUUCAGGUUAAGAACUUUGCUUCAGGAUGAGAACAGAAAUCGUGCUCCAGCGGCGCGGCGGCCCCAUUAGCUAAAGUGGUGCUUCAGGUUAAGAACAGUUUCAGGUUAAGUACGGACCUCCGGAAUGAAUUAAGUACUUAACCUGAGGUACCACUGUAUUCAUUUUUUCCAAAAAAAGAAUAAAAAAGAAUGUCAAAGUCAAAAGGCAUAUUUACAAUAUUACAUUCAUGAGCAUCAUGGUCUUGGAAUUGAUUAAUAAUUUAACAAAGUUUAAAGAAAAAAGGGGGGGGACCCCAGUGUUCUUCCCCUGCUAUUACGGCAUUUGCAACAAAUGUAUUUUUGGAAUUACAUAAAUUGCAUUUCCAUUCUAAAAUAUAUCUCCAGUUGCCAUGAAAGACUUAUUUGCUUUUAUUUGCCUGUACCAAAGCUGCAACUUAAGAUAUGGCCUUCAAUGAAACUAAUUGCACUACUUGAGUAUGGAAGAAGUCUGAUAUCCAUUUGGAAACCAUUGGAAUCUUGCUCUUAAGGGAAUACUUCCUGCUGUUCUUUGCUGUUUCCAACUAUAAUUGCUCUAUGAUUUAGUGGAAGUGCAUAUCCAGUUCAACUUAUUUCUUAAUUGAAUUAUUUCUUAUUUCUAUAUUUCCAUCCAACAAACCUUCAUUUUGGAACAGUGUUAUUCCUACAGUUGUUUCCAUCAGUUUCCUUUUUUUAUUUUGUAGAUUUUUCUGACAAAAUGUUAUAUCACUGGUAUUUUUUCUUAAUUUUCUCGGAAGACACCACUUUGUGUUUGGCAAUUGCUUUCUCUCUGGUGUUUUUGUUAAUAUUUAGAAAGUACAAAUAUAGAAGACACUAUUGUAAAAAAAAAAUGUUUUCCCCAAAUAGUUUUCCAUUUGUCAUUAGAAGUUGCCACCAAGGUGACAAAUAAAAACUUAAAACAAUCAAUGUUUAUUAUCCAAACUCUGUGAACUGUAAUAUUCAUUAUGCUGUCUAUGGGUUACAUUAAAAUGUCCCCUUCCUAGGCAGUUAACUUGCAUCAGGGAACGGAACCUUUGGCUCCAAUCCUGUGCAUUGCACAAGAUGAUAGAUUGUAUAACUCAGUUUAAAAAGAGUGAAAACGGUGAGGAGUGUGUAUGUGAGGAGAAUCACUUCUUUUGUUACGAUUUGUUGAGUGGAUCCAUACAUGCAUUCUGUUGUAUCUUCCUAUAUUCAUACUGUGUCCCAGGCUUAAUAAUUUGCAAAAUGUAUUCAAACUGUAAUUCUUAUUUCAGCAGAAGGAGCCAUAUCCAAUGCUACUAUUAUUCUGCUAGCACAGCAGAUUUCUACUGAAAGUAAACUUUCCCUCUUCUCCUCUCUUUCUGGCAGUGCCCCAUGACCACUCAGAAUCUGCUCCAAAGGGUUGGAGAACCCUCACAGUAGAUUGAGGGUGUGCAGGGAGCUCCUGUUAUGUCACUGCAACAUUGGAAUGUAUCAUAUAAUCCAAUAUUCCUUAUUUGCCCUCCCCUCCUUUUUAAUAUCAUAGUAAGUAUUUCAGUAGGAUUGCUCAUCUUCUUUUCUGUUUUUAACCAGCGGGGUUUUUUCGUUUCUGUUUUAAUCAGGCUAUACACUGUUUAAUUGAAGGGGCAUAAUAAUCCAAAACUACUUGUGAGAGAAGACACAAAGAUCAUAAACUUUUAAAUAGAUGCAUCUUGUUUCAAAUUAAAGUUGUUUGUAGAAUCCUUUCCUCAGGUUUCUUUAGAAAAGAGAACUGGUGUAUUUUUUUGGGUGGGGGAGGGAAUAUUCAUAAAACAUUCAUUUUCAAAACUGCAGUCUUUCCGGGAAACUUGUGAGAAUGGCAGUGUGCCAGGAAACAGGGAAUUAUAUUCACGUAUAAAUAUGUACAAUUUUUUUGGCAAAGGGUGUUUAAGGAGAUAACAGAAAUCACUGGAUUAAGCUGACCAAAAGUCCAGAGGUGGCUUUAUUGUCAAUUUACGAUGGGGUGGAAGGUUCGCAGGCUAGGAAGGGCUUGCUCACAAAUUUAUUGACAGCUGCACGAGUUUUUAUAGCUAGGAAGUGGAAGGGGUAAGCAGAAUAUAAAAUGGAAGAAGUGGGAUAUAGCUAUUAAUGAUAAAUUAAUGUGUCAUUAACGUAAGACAGAGAAUAUGCAGGAGAAAUGAUUUUGAGGAGAUAUGAAUGGUGUUUGUAGAAUUUGUACUGUUAAAAUGGAAAGGGGUCAAGCCAUCGCAAGAGGUGCUGAAAUUCUGGGAGGUUGGAUAGUUACAGUGGAAUGGUCUCGGUGAUGGGGUGCAUAUUUUUAUUCUUUUUUAUUUAUGAUUAUUACUUUGUCAAAAAGAAAAAAGUGGCAGUUUUCAUAAUUGUCUUAUGAUUAACUUGGAAUGUUUUUGUUUUAUGUCAGGAGGGGAGAUAAAUGCUUAGGUGUUUGAUUUUGGGUUGCAUGAAAAUCCCCAUGUCUUACUAUUUAUUUAUUUUUUUAAUCUACCUUCUUUAACUGUAGCUUAAAAUAAAUAAUUAUAAUGUAGAAUGGCUAUCUUCCAGUUCUGCUGCAUGCGGCUUUAAAUUAUUAGGAAAACUUGGGAGAUUAGUGGUGUACAUCAGAAUAAAACUAAUGUACAUUAUAUUUCCUCCUCCAUGUUAAUAGUUCCUAUGAUUCAAAAUGAGUUCUGAGUUUUUAUUUCACCCCGUAAGAUAUAAUAUAUAUUCAAAACCGUAUUUAGAUUCCUUAACUUGUGCUCAAGACACAAAUUCCAACUUCUGCCCAAGUAACUACGGUGAAAUAUCCAAUUCAGUACCGGUAGGUAAUUUUUCUUUUUCUGUAUAAAAAUUAGAUGUGUUGUGGUGAUCAUGGCAAUGAAAGGAAACCAUAUAUUUAUUUUUUGGCUAGAAUUCCAAGCUUGAAUUUGGUGAUGUUUUGAUAAUUUGGGGUGGAUUAACCAUCACAUUGCUCUGAAUUCCUGCAGAUUUUGCAGUUCUGAAAUAGUAGAAUAGCAAAUGUUGGGAUGCAGGAUGCAGCAACCAUUGCCCUCUGUUUACCAGUAUUUUGCUGUCUAAUUUUUGUUCUUUAGCUCCUGCUCUCCCAAUAGCUUCCUGCAGCAUCUCUGUGUGAAGUAAAGAUAGGGCACAGAGUAUAAACUAAAUAACCCAAUAGCACAGUUCAGUCUUGUAGCAAGUCCCUUUGCAUUCAUUAUCUCUUAAUCCAUGCUAAGUAUAUUUGGAUUGGAACCCAAAUAGUUUAUUUCAUGCAAAGACCCCCUUUUUGUUUAUAUGCCAAAUUCUAUCUCAGCAGCACUCAAAAGCGGCAUAUAACAUGAAAUACAAUUGUAUUUUGCUGAUGUGGUUGUUUCUUACCUACUGGGGGGGGGGACAGGUUACAGCUAGCAAUUGCAACACCUGAAACUUAAUCCAAAAAUUUAAAAAUAUAUACAUUUAUUAUUUUGUAAAUAUGUAUUUUUAUUUAUUUAUUGUUUGUUUGUUUGUUUGUUUGUAAUGGCAUGCUGUUUCUGGGCAUGGUUGCAUCUGUGUAUUUGUGGAUUAGUAGAAACUUUUGUGCCUCUAUUCUCAAGAAGCAAGCAGCAAACUAACUUUUGUGCUGACUUCAUGGAAAUAAAUACCUUCAUGGUACUGCAGAUUUUGAACUUCAGGGACCCCCUCCCACAUGGACCUGCCUGUUUUCCCUAGAGCUCCAGUGUGCUGCAGAAGACCCCGGGGUGCGUUGUAGGCUGCAUAAGAGUUCCCAGGGAGUGCUUAUUUCCUAGACUUCAUCCUUGCCCUGUGAACUUACCCAGUGUGUGUUCCUAUCUCCACAGUUACACCUUAGAUAAUAAUGUUCUAAGCCCAGAGCAAAGGGAUUUCUAUGAGGAGAACGGCUAUCUCGUCAUAAAAAAUCUGGUCUCGGAUGAGGAUGUUGAACAUUUCAGGUAAACUGUAGCCAUGUGUCCUAAUCACAUAUAGUGAGAUUGUCUAAAACAAGUAUCUUCAACCUUUUCAGACCCAGAACUCACUUUUCACCCAAACAUGCAUUCAGGACCCAUUUCUUAAUCUCUUUUUCCAUAGCUUUGCAGGGUGGUACUGCUCCUGUUUCAACCCCCCUUGGGUCAGUCUUGACCCCCCCCCCGUGGUACUUGACCCCACCCCCAGUGGUUUAAAACACACUGGUUGCAGUCCAGAGGUCUCUCUUGAGGUGUGCCCAAGAGCUUGUGUUUGGCAAGCAAGACCUGAAGGCCACAGGAAGGGCCCCACUCCAAAUGAAAAUUCCCCCUGGAUUUACAAGAACAUCCAGCCAGUUGAUUCGAGCAUAAUUCACUUCUCGCUUAUAAAUAUACACUCAAAGCCUCACAGAGAAUGAGUUAUGUGGAUCUCUAGUUUCGAGUUCUUACCCAUAAUUUUGCACCAAGGUGUCCCAACUUCAUACCAAGUCGGCUGCAAGAGUACCCUCUGCCCACACACUGCUUUGUCAUGGGGGGCAGGGAAGCAAGGCCAAAAUUUCACACCCCCCCCCCCCCCAGAUAAGCUAGGUGCUGGACUUCAGGAAGGAGGCACAAGGUAUAGAGCUUUCCCACCUCUUUUCCAAAGCUGGGAAUGUGCUAACCAGGCUUUGGGAAUGAGGUGGGAGGACUUUAGGACCCUGUCUGAACCCUUACGCCUUCUUCCCACAGCCCAAGGCCUCUCUUACCUGAGUUUGGAAAGGCAGUCCAAGGGCUCCCCAAAAGAGCCUUAAGGACUGCUUGUGGCCCUCAGGCUACGCUUUGGACAGCCUUGUUUUGCGCAAUGGAAGUAUCCAGUUCAUUUAGCAAGGGCAAUAACAUGGUUAAAUAGCCUAGUAAACUUUGCUGAAGUAAAUUUUUUAAAUUCCCUCUUCAGAAAUGAGUUCGUGAAGAUCUGCAGACAGGAAGUGAUCGUCCCUGGACUGGUGAUCAUGAGAGAUGUGUCAAUUGCCAAGUCUGAAUUUAUUCCAGAUCAAAAAGCAGUUUCAAAACUACAGGAUUUCCAGCGUCAUGAAGAGCUCUUCAGAUAUUGCACAUUGUCUCAGGUUAAUUUUUUUAAAAAAAGAAUAUCCUGAAGACCACAAAUAAUCUGCAUUUUUUUAUAUGUGGUCCUUCACAUUAUAUUAAUUCGGAAGAAACUUGUAAUCUCUAUAUACAGUCUCCAUAGCCUGAUCUAAGGAUGUUGCACUAUGCUGCUCUAGAAAAUCGCUGCCCAGCUCUUUAGCCACAGGCAAAGUCUUCACUAAAUAGACACCUUCGUUAUUUAGGUUACUAGCAUAGUAUGGCAUUGAAUAGCACCAUCUAUCAAAAGUUAAGAGACCCUGAGGAUGAAAUGACACAUGAUGCCAGAGGCCCGUGACUUUUUCAUAAUUAUUGCUUAGUUCCUGUCCAUUUCAAUGGGAUAUGCAUAGGGAGACAUUGCUGGUGGAUUCUAUCAGUAACUUGGAUGAUGGCAGUUUUUGCACAGGGCAGCGAUUUUGCAUAAAACUGUUUGCUUCUUCAACACUGGUGUAUCGAUCAUGCGUAUUCACUUGAGCCUUGCCCGUGAAAUAUAAGGGGUAAUAUAUUUUUAGCAUGUUUAAAUAUGCAUCUCUCUUCACCUUAGAUAUUGAAAUAUGUCGAAUGCUUCACAGGACCAAACAUCAUGGCUAUGCACACCAUGUUGAUAAAUAAGCCUCCGGAUUCUGGUAAGAAAUAAUUGAACAGAGGAGAAAUAAAAUACUCUGUUCAAGAAUGCAAGCAUGUAUUUAAAUAUUAGCAGACUUGUCCUUUUUUCUUUUUCUUCUGCAAGGUCCUGUAGGUAUCAUUAGUGAGUUAUCUGCUGUGAUGCAAGUCUAAAUGAAAAUAUAUACCACUAACAUGGCUAAUAUACAUCAGGUUUGGUAUUGAUACACUCUAAACAAUGGGACCUUUUUUCCUGUUUAUGGCUUUGUUGCUUCAAGAUAAUCUGUGAGCAGGGACAAACCUAAAAGUGGAAGUGGCACGAUUUUCUCUCUUGCUGCCAUCUUCCUCUUCCCCAUGUCUCUCCCCAUAGCUUGAUUUCAUUAAAUGGCAUGUUGCAUAUCCUUCUCCAAGUCAUUGGUUUGCAAUCCUUUGGUGCCUUAGGGACUUGUCAGCCAUUUCAGUUCAGUGCCAAGGAUUCUGGUGUCUUUGUUUUCUCAAAGUGUAUGCAGAAGCAUACUCUGUAGGCAGUAAACACUAGUUCACAAAAUUUAGCGAUAUGGAGGGCCAAGGAGGGUGCAUCAUCAUCAUCAUCAUCAUCAUGGGUAUUAUUUAUACCCUGCCCAUCUGGAUGGGUUUCCCCAGCCGCUCUGGGCGGCUCCCAGCAAAUUAUUAAAAUACAAUAAUUCAUCAAACAUUAAAAGCUUCCCUAUACAGGGCUGCCUUCAGAUGUCUUCUAAAAGUCAGAUAGUUGUUUAUUUCUUUGACAUCUGGUGGGUGGGCGUUCCACAGGGCAGGCGCCACUACAUUAGGGGUUUGUGGGGGGAGGAAGAGCCCCACUGAAAUGGGCUAUAGAUCUUUUGAAGGAAAGAACGAAAAUAAGUUGGACACUAUUGGGAGGAGGAUCUACUUGCAGAAGGAGAAAAUGUAUAUAUUGUAUAUUUUUGUCAUUGUGAGCUGCUUUGAGGCCUGGUGAAAAGUGGGAUAUAAACAUUUGUAAAUAAAUAAAUAAAUAAAAUAAAAUAUUAAAGGACAUGGCAGCUGGUAAGGAGCCCCUGGAUGCAAUCCCAUCUGGGUCACUUUCAGGGCUGCUGUCAGGAGGGAACAUCUUGGCUUUCAGAUGUCCCAGUCGCCCACAAAAUGAGCUCCUGGGUUUUAGCUCUAAGCAGUGGCAACUUAUGCUAGUAAGGUGACUCAGGUAAAGAGGGGUAGAUUAACUGGAUGAGGAAAUCUAUGCAUAGCUCCUACCAUGCCAUCACUACGAUAGAUGAACGUGUAUAGCCAUUGCCAGCUUAAAUCCAGAAAUACCAGUCCUGGUUCGAGUCUUUGAAUGCCACUGGAGGUGUAGCCGAAACUGCAUGAGAGGUAUUGGUAGACUCUGGAGAACAGAGGGUUUCAGAGACUUUAAAAGAAAUUGGUGGAAGGUGGGAUGAGGGGGGCAAAACUAAAAAAUAAUUCAGUGGCAAGGAAUGUUGGCUGCCCGAAUGGGAGAAAAAAUGAGAACCAGGUGGGAGCGGAACAGUUGGACUCAGGUAUACAGAUAAUCUCAUUCUGUAUUGGUCACUUCUGCAUCACACUGAGAAUCUAUUUUUAAAUGUCCUGAGGGAUGGAAGUUGGAGCCACCCAUGGACAUUGUGGAGAAAGUACAAGGUGUGACCGGAAAGUCUGGUGAAUGAUCGCAGAAAUCCGACAGCAAGAAAUACUCGAACAUACAUACCUUACAGGCCUUCAAAGUAGGCCCCUCUGAUACAAUGCAUCAUUGACAACGUUCAUAGAACUGUUGGAAACUUCUGGAGAAGUCCUCUUUUCAUACGGCUUUCAGUUCCCUCGUCACAGCAGCUUGGACGUAUGAAAUGCUGGAAAAUCGGUGCCCUUUCAGUGCAGAUUUCAGUUUUGGAAAAAGAAAGAAAUUUGGUGGAGCCAGAUUGGGAGAAUAUGGAGGGUGGGACAACUCAGUAACCUUAGUAACGAUUUCACACAAAAUAUGCAGUCGUUCCACCAUCAUUCGGACAGACACACGCUGAUCCCACAUCUGCUAAACCAAGGGUCAUCUUUGAUGGUUUGCCGCCCUUCACGGAAAGGCUUAAACUACUCAUGCACUGUCUUUCGAGUUACAGCUUCAUCUCCGUACACAAUUGUGACCAUUUUGUGGGUUUCCAAUGCCGAUUGUAUGUUCGAAUAUUUCUCGCUGUCCAAUUUCUGUGACCAUUCACCAAACUUUCUAGUCACAAUUUGUAAAUCAUUUAAUGUAGCUUAUUCCACACCUGCCCACAAAAACAAGCCGAAAUGUAGCAAUCGUCUAAUUGAGUGUGGUUUAAAACAUGCCCACACACAACAGUGCUAUUGCAAAUCCCAAACAGAUGUAGUUCACUUUUCCCAUAUUGAUGGUUGGAUGGAUAAUGCAUUAUAGCAGCUUUGUGGUGUAGCCAGUUGAGCAUCUUACAACAGUCCUGCCAUGUUAAUCCAUUGUUUUUUCCUCCACUUUGUGGAUUAAGCGAAGAGAGUUGCGCACAGCUGCACUGCAGUGUAAUUCACUGUUAGAACCCUAUUGCAGACAUGAGGACUGUGCUGUGAGUAGUUUAACAGCAGUCCUGCCACAUAGUCCACUGUUAAUAUUGAAGGCCAGAGGCAGGGCUACUUCAGUCUGAUCCUAGGCAAAAUCCAGAACUCAGCUGCGAGCAUCAACUUCACAUUUCAUUGACUUGCAGGUAGACUAGAUGUUUUUUUUUGUUGUUUUUUUUUAAAUAGCACACAAAGAAAAACAAGUUAGUGCAGCAAGUCCUGUUUUGGGUGCUAACUUUUGUUCUGUAAACCCCCAGCUACAGCCUCAGGUAAAACACACACGGCAAGGCCACACUGUGACAUCUUGUUGUCUCAUUGUGCUUGUAUUUACUUACCAUAUUUUUUGCUCUAUAGGACGCACUGGACCAUAGGACACACAGGACCAUAGGAGGGGGAGAACAGGAAAAAAAAUUCUCCCCCUCUCUGCUCAGCGCCCCUUCAGCGAAGCGGCAGGAGAAACGGAGCCCCUUCCAUUUCUCCUCCCACUUCACUGAAGGGGCGCUGCGCAGAGAGGGAAAACUGUGCAGCGCCUCUCCAGUGAAGCGAAGCCUGGAGAGCAAGAGGGAUCGGUGUACACCGACUCCUCCCGCUCUUCAGGCGGCUAUCCGCAAGCCUUCUGAGCGCAGCGAGAACUCCCGCUGCUCUCCGAAGGCUUGCGGAUAGCUGCCUGAAACCCCCAGAGCGCAGCGGCAGUUUGCGCUGCGCUCCGGGAGCUUCAGGCUUCUCCUUUUAGCCGCGGGGCUGGGGCAGGGGAAGCCCAAGCUUCCCCCGACCCCAGCCCCCAGAACAGGUCGGGGAGCGGCAGUCCCUUCUCCCUCUUGGGGAAAAAGCCUGCAAGAGCCGCGCGAAGCUUUUGUGCGGCUCUUGGGGGCUUUUCCUGCCUGCCUCCCCCCUGCAUUCACUCCAUAGGACGCAUAGACUUUCCCCCUUAGUUUUUAAGAGGGAAGAAGUGCGUCCUAUGGAGCGAAAAAUACGGUAACUAAUUCUGCAUCUGUACUAUGAAAGCUAAUACAAAUAAUUGUUGCAGGAAAGAAGACCUCUCGCCAUCCAAUGCACCAGGAUUUGCACUAUUUCCCAUUCCGGCCUGCAGAUCGCAUUGUUUGUGCCUGGACUGCCAUGGAGAAGAUUGAUCGCAGAAAUGGAUGUCUGGUAGUUUUGCCAGGAAGUCAUAAGGGGUCUCUGAAACAGCAUGAUUAUCCUGAGUGGGAGGUAAUUUCUUUAUGACUUCAUCACAGGGAGGGAUGGAGGAUGGAAGUAUCUGCAAAUUUGGAGGUAGCCAAUAGCAGUUUUGCUAACUGAGUGGUAUUUUCAGUGUCCUUAUAAUUAAAAGGUACGGUAAAGGUACCCCUGCCCGUACGGGCCAGUCGUGUCCGACUCUAGGGUUGUGCGCCCAUCUCACUUAAGAGGCCGGGGGCCAGCGCUGUCCGGAGACACUUCCGGGUCACGUGGCCAGCGUGACGAAGCUGCUCUGGCGAGCCAGCACCAGCGCAGCACACAGAAACACCGUUUACCUUCCCACUAUAAAGCGGUCCCUAUUUAUCUACUCGCACUUAGGGGUGCUUUCGAACUGCUAGGUGGGCAGGAGCUGGGACCGAAAGACGGGAGCUCACCCCGCCACGGGGAUUCGAACCACCGACCAUACAGUUGGCAAGUCCUAGGCACUGAGGUUUUACCCACAGCGCCACCCGCAUCCCGGGCUAUAAUUAAAAAGAGGGCAUUAAAUUGAGAUGAAUGGGGAGCCAGUGGAUUUGAGUUACAUUCUGGACAUCGGGAGUAGGAAAAGCAAAGGCAAGAAAAAUUAACUUACAUGUUUGGGAAAACCAGCAAGGUUUAGAAUGUCCCACCAGGUGUGGGGAGGGCCACGAGCUCAAAGGGCUUAGACAAAACGAAUUAGACAGGCUUCUCAAAUGCUGUGAUAGGAAGCUAGAACAUCCAUGUUUGGUUGCAGGAUGCAUCUCCCAAGAGGCAAGGGAAGAAAAGAGGCAGGAGGGCCAUCAGCUUCACAUUCAGCUUGUGAAUUUCUCAAGGACCACCCUGUCCUUUGUUGGAAAUUGAAUCCUGGGCUACAUAGGCCUUGCUCUCAUCUAGCUAUAUAAACCUUUUGUAUGAAAAAAGUUCUAAAAGUUUUUGAAGCUUGGAUGAUUGAAAACAUUAAGCUUUUUAGGAAAAAUAAGUUAAUUUUAUACAUUGAACUUCCAGGGUGGUGUAAACAAGAUGUACCAUGGAGUGCGUGAUUAUGAUAAAACUAUUCCAAGGGUUCACCUUGCUAUGGAGAAAGGAGACACAGUGUUCUUCCAUCCCUUGCUAAUCCAUGGCUCUGGAAUGAACAGGACUGAAGGGUUUCGUAAGGUAAGAUGCCAUUUAAGGUUGCAGGUGUUGGAACACCUGGAUUAUGCUGCUCAAGCAAAGUCAAGUCAAAGCUUCCCCAUUUUCUUAAUUAACAUUUGAUGUUUCUUAAUCCUCCUGUUUAAUUUGUUUUUGAGAGUGACUUACACCUACAUAUUUUUAGUUUAAAGCUGGUAUAAAAAAGUAGUGAAGUGCUUACAAAGAGAAAAAAGUAAAUAAUGUGGGUCUUUUUACAGGCAAUUUCUUGUCAUUACGCAAGUUCUGACUGCCACUAUAUUGAUGUGAAAGGUACAACUCAAGAGAACAUUGAGAAAGAAGUUGUGGAAAUUGCAAGAACAAAGUACGGUAUAGACUCGCCUAUUCCCCUGAAGGUAUUGUUUGUGAACGUCCUUCAUCAAAAACUUUUCACGUCAUACGUCUGACAUAAUGGUAUUGGGAAUAAUUAUUCCAUUGGUGGUAGCCUACUCAGUCAUGUACUUUGGUGUUGAGCAGGUCAACAUAUUACAAUUCUCACUACCACACCACACCAUUGGGGGACAAGCACUCGGCAUGCCGUGUGAUUUGUGUUGCUGGCAGCGAACUGAGGUGUUGCCUUGCUCAGAGAGAUUAUUGGAUGAGUACAGAGGCCUGUAGCUAGAGCGUAAGAUGUUCCUCCUCUCAAUAACUUCUGCUGCACUCCGUGCCAAGAAGAGACGUUUAUCGUUCUGCAUGAAGGUUCCUACUGGAUCCAUAAUCAGGACGGUGGAAAACAUGCUUUAAAAUGGCAUUCUGUAAUGAAUAUUGCUACUCUCUAGUUCUCUUUGCAACUGCCCUAAUAUAUUUUUACUGAUAGCUGGCAUAGAAAUUUCUGCAGUCGUAUCAACCUGUAAUACUGGUUGUACAUGGAAUUACAUAGUAGCCGUGUAGGGGAUUAAAUCACCACAACCCCCCAAUAUGGAAAAUUUUAUUCAGCUGCCUCUUUGGCUUCUAAGUUUUGAGCAUGCAUUGCUCACCUUCUUUGAAACCAUAUCUCAGCCACGGUACAGAAAGUAGGAAAUUGCAAUGUAACCAAAAUACUCUGGUUCUCUCUUCACUGAAGCUCUCUUUCCCCCUGUUGAACAGAGGAUCAGCAGCUUAGGCAGAGCAGGAGGCUCCAGCCGUGCCACAGUCAGCCUCUUUGCUGCUGCUGCUGCUUUUCACUGAGAUCUUGCAAAGCCUUGUACAGAACCAGAACUACUGGGUGUAGUGGGGGGUUUCUUCCAUAUACAGCUGUUUCUGUGUACAACAGGAAUAAUCUUGUGCACAAAACAAGGUUUUUCCUGUCCCACACCAUAACUUUAUUUCAUUUUUUGGUCUUUAGGAUUUUUGGAUGGUGCGAAGUCGUCUUGUUAAAGGAGAGAGGAGAAGUCUGUAG